UACUCCAUCACGCGGCCCAUCUAUAUCGCCAAUUCCGCGACAUCCCCCCGUUCCUUGCCGGGGAGCUGCAUUCCGUCACGAUGAGUGUCGCCCGACCGGUGAGAUGUCUGUUUUGUAGCUUCUCUCGGUCUGCCUCCGCGGUCCCUCGCGUGCCUCGCCGUCAAUUCCAUCCUUCCCCAGCGCAGCUCGCCAACCGGAAACCGAAAUUUCCCAAUGUCAAGGCCGAUAAUUUGAAGUCCUUGGAGGAGAUCUCCCGGUCCCUUAAGCCGGAGGAUUUCAAGCCCUACACAGAAGAGGAGAAAGCACGGCUGCAGGAGGAGUAUACACCCGAGCAGAUGGCCGCGAUUGAAGCCGGUGAGGCGGCAAUCGAUCCCAAGGAUCUAGCAGAGCAGUUUGCCAUCCGUCGGGAUCCGAUGAAGCUUCACUAUCUGGAUGAUUUCUCGACCAUCGAACCCGGGGUAGACAAGCACGUCCGCGCCCCGGUGACCAAUACCGAUUACAAUGCCGAACUGAAAAGCGAGAGCGACUUCGCAGAGGAUUUUGGCCGUUUCCUUGCAGAGCUUCCCAGAGACCCCACCGCGGCCGACUGGGUACGGUUCGCGGAAACUCUUCGUAUGACCCGUGGCAAGGAGGAGAACGAACUGAACCCCCACAGCGCUUUGGUUCCGGAUCUGCUUGCUCCUGGAGAGUCCAUCAGUGGGGAGCGGAAGGAGAUCAAUUUCUUCAAGGAAACAGACCCGAAGGCUAGAGAGUCAGAGGAGAUCACAGAUGCAUUGAAGCAGCUCCUUUUAACUACCGGAUAUUCACAAAGGGAGAUUCAGGAUCUCAGGACAAAGACACUCGUUUCGCACGCGGUUGUCAACCAGACCCGCUUGGGUAAGGUCCGUCGUCAGUACUGCUUGUCGAUUGCUGGUAAUGGCAACGGUUUGCUCGGAAUUGGCGAAGCCAAAUCAGAAGAACCGGCCGAUGCUCAGACGCAAUCCAGAUACAGAGCUAUUCGAAACAUGCAGCCCAUUCCUCGUUAUGAGGACCGGACCAUCUUCGGGGAUGUCGAGGGCAAGGUGGGAGCUGUUGAGUUGAAAUUGAUGACCCGCCCUCCAGGAUUCGGUCUCCGUUGCCAGCAUCUGAUCUUCGAAAUGUGCCGUGCCUGUGGCAUCCACGACCUUGCCGCUCGGGUGGCCCGCUCAAGAAAUCCCAUGAACACAGUCAAGGCCGCCUACGAGGCUCUGAUGAGCCAGCGCAACCCGGAAGAUAUCGCUCGGGCCCGGGGCAAGAAGUUGGUCGAUGUGCGCAAAGUCUACUACUCGGGAAGAGCCUAAUCCAUCUCCUGCAAUUUCAUUUGAUGCACCACUAUCUUCACCCACGAAUGCUGUCUUUCUACUGGUUUGUGACACAGAGGGACAUCUUGACGGGUCUUUAUCAUGCAUAGAAUCGGCUGUAUGAUUAUGGACACAAUUUGAGCGGCAUUCUCAAUGCUUGCUGCGUUACGGCGGUGUAUAUAAUUGUUUUGGACUUUCCUUUACUCUACAUGUCUUCUUACCAUGUACUUGUACCAAUCCACUGCCAUAUUAUCAAAAACAGUCUAUCCAUGAAACUAAACUCCGC